GUUUUGCUGCUUGUCUAAGGGAAUGUCUCACGGUAAGUUCACUUGUAGACUUUUCUUUUAUUUGCAUUAGUUAAAAAACCAUUGUUAAUGAAUAAAAUUUAGAUAUAAGGAAAGAUGUUUAAUGAUUACCUAAACAUGAGAUACAGUAUUACAGACAAAUGAUUUCAUGUUUGUCUAAUGAGCUUGGAAAGACGUUUUUCUUUCCAGUCUCCUUAGACUUAUAACCUUCUCAGACGAGUUCAUGUUUGUUUUCACAGACAACAUACAUGAUUUUUACUGCACAACACUGGGGGAAUACUUGUCAUAGUAACUUUACAGUUUACACUGCUAAAGUGUUUGACAAAGCCUUGAAAACUGAUAUAGCAUCUUGUGUAAACAGUUAUCUGUUUUUUUUACCCAAAAGAAAACUUAUGAAAUAUAAAUAAAUGAAGGUGAAGAGUUCAGAAUUCUGCUGCCACUGACCUAUGAACCUACAGAUUACUCCUCCUAAUCCUGCACCAUGAGCUGCCUGCCCUUCAAACUGGAAAAAAGGGCUAAACAGACAAAAUCCAGACCAUCAGAGGCAACUAGCAAGAGAUUUGGCCAUAAAUCACAAACCACAGCUAGGCUACACACUCACACUGACACAGCAACGAGAGGUGGCAAACAUAAAGAAAAGCCCUACAGUGACCCUAAGAAGAGUUCAAAAAGAGGACAUGCUGGCACCACAGUGAACCUUGUUCUUCUGGGAAUGUCUGGGACUGGAAAGAGUGCCAGUGGGAACACCAUCCUUGGACAGAAACACUUUGUUUCUAGACCCAGUUCAACGGCGGUCACCAAAAAGUGCCAGAUGGAAGAAACUGAGAAGGAAGGUGUACACUUAUGUGUGAUUGAUACCCCAGACAUCUUUGAUGAUGACAUGAAAUCAUCAGUUAGGGACAAACAUGUAAAAAGGUGCAAACAGCUCUAUGAGUCAGAACUCUGUGUGUUUGUACUUGUGAUGCAUGUGAGCAGAUUUACAGAUGGUGAGAGAGACAUACUGGAAAAGUUAGAAAAAGCUUUUGGGAGGGAAGCUGGAGAACGAACAAUUAUCCUGUUCACCCGAGGAGACGACCUACAACAGGCAGGACUGGGGUUGGAGGAUUUUUUACAUACCUGUCAACCUGAUCUGAAGAAAAUACUUGAAAAGUGUGGCAACAGGUGUGUUCUCUUUGAGAACCACAGAUCAGAUUCAGCUCAAGUGGAAAAGCUAAUGGACAACGUGAUCAGGGUGACAGAAGAAAAGCAAAAAUGAUGACUUCAUUUAUCAGAUCAGAGCACUAAAAUACGUGCCAUUUCCUGCCUCAAGUAAUAAAUAUGUUAGAGCAUUAGUCUGUUUCUUAAAGUGCUGUAUAUUGGAUUUAUAAAUAGCUUCACGUGUCUUAUUUUACAAUGUUCCAAAGUAGCCUACAUCCAACCAAGAUGCCACGUAGCCUGUUUCCUGCUUCAUGUCUUCCUUGUGUUUUCUAGUCUCAUUGUUUUCACAGUGUUUCAUUGUAUUUUUAUGGAUUUUGGUUUUCCUUCAAUAAAAGAUCCCUGUCUGUCUGCAUUAGGGUUCUGAUUCCACAGUCUAACCUGACAAAUGGGAUUUUAUUUAUUUAUAAUAGUCACACCAGUUUUAAGAUGACACAUCAUAAACGCAUAUUCGUCUUCCUUUGAUGAUUGUAGCGUGUGUGUCUGUUCACCAACUCCUGUGAGAUGCCUUGAUCAGAUACACUAUGAUACCAGAAUUAUCAACAAGCACCGAGAAUCCAGUCUGACAAAUGAAUAUUUUAAGAUUGUUAACAAUAUUCUGAAUUUCAGUUUCAAGUUAGCUUGAAAAUUCAAUGAUACUUUAUGCAGUUCUACCUCUGCUGCUGAGUGGAAAUGUAGGUACUAGAACACAGGAUACACACCAAGAAUACUUCUUCAGACUAACAAAUUAAUAAAGUUUGAUGUGCUUCAAAAC